AUGUUGCCCUGGCUUCUUGUCUUUUCCGCCCUGGUUCUCCCACCAUGGAGUGUUUCUUCCUGGGACAAAACAAAAACUAAAGAGGUGUCAGAGGGGCUGCAGUACCUGCUCGGCAACAUCUCCCAGCUCAUUGAGAAGGGCAAACUAGGUCUCGAUGAUGUCUUCACCAUGGUCUCUCGUGAGGAAUGGGGGGCAGAAGCCAUUGGCUGCAGCUCCCAGCUGAGCCGGCCAGUGGACAUCCUUGUCACACACCAUGUCCCUGGACUGGAGUGCCACAACCACACGGUCUGUAGUCAGAGGCUUCGGGAACUGCAGGCCUAUCACAUCCACAACAGCUGGUGUGAUGUGGCCUACAAUGUCCUGGUUGGGGAUGACGGCAGGGUAUAUGAAGGUGUUGGUUGGAAUGUCCAAGGCUCACACACCCGGGGCUACAACAACAUCUCCCUGGGUGUUGCCUUCUUCGGCACCAAGGAAGGCCAUAGUCCGAGCCCUGCUGCCCUGUCAGCCAUGAAGGGGCUAAUCUCUUACGCUGUGCAGAAGGGCCACUUGUCAUCCAGGUACAUCCAGCCUCUUCUUUUGAAAGGUGAAAACUGCCUGGUUCCUCCACAGAAGGAAAGACAAAAAAAAGCUUGCCCCCACAUUGUCCCACGAUCUGCUUGGGAGGCCAGAGAGGCCCGCUGCUCCAACAUGACACUCCCUGUGAAGUAUGCCAUUAUCCUCCACACUGGUGGGAGAACCUGCAGCAAGCCAGAUGAGUGCCGUAUGCUGCUCCGAGAUCUCCAGUCUUACUUCAUGGACAAGCUGAAUGCAUGUGACAUCGGAUAUAACUUCCUUGUGGGCCAGGAUGGUGGUAUUUAUGAAGGGGUGGGCUGGAGUGUCCAGGGCUCCCGCACCACUGGAUACAAUGACAUUGCCUUGAGCAUCUCCUUCAUGGGCAUCUUCUCUGGUUCUCCACCCAAUGCUGCUGCCUUGGAGGCAGCCCAGAACCUGAUCCAGUGUGCCAUGGUCAAGGGGUACUUGACUCGCAACUACCUGCUGAUGGGUCACAGUGAUGUGACCAACACUCUGUCUCCUGGGCAGGCAUUGUACAACAUCAUCAAGACGUGGCCUCACUUCAAGCACUGAGGGAGGCCCAGCCCCUUCUGAGGCUGCUCUUCUCCUGCUGGGUCUCUGUUCUCACCUCCCACCAGAGCUUAGUACGUCUGUCCUCUCCCCUCACAGCUUCACCUAGUUCUUUCCCAGGACUGGAUGAUCAUGUCCUGUCCUGCUGAUAUCUUCCACUGUUGCCCAAGCUUCCACUCAUAAUCCUCUGAGUGUGAAUGCAGUCUCUUCUCUCCCUGUGCUUCUCUCCCCUGGGCACUCAUCUGCCCAGCUGGGUGAGGUAAUGGGCUGACUCUUCUCAUACCUCUCUUUCCCUAGUUACUUGUCCUCUACCUGGUGCACAGUCACCUGUGGUCUGCUUGGCAGCCCCCAGUGCUCAUCUGUGGCCCAGGCAGUGGUCCAGUGAGCAUGUGUGAGGCUCUAGGCUCAAUC